CUGUACCGACGCAUCAUGGACUCCUUCCUAAAGUCUCCAAUGAAACUAGUACUUUUGACAGCAUGGCUCUCCAGUCUGAUGGACCCAUGCAGCUUCGCUAACAUUUGUGAUUCUUGUCACCAACUCGCGACGUGUAAAAGCCUGAAUGGGUCGAACACGGCCUGCUUCUGUAACCAUGGAUACACUGGAGACGGGACCACGUUUUGCAAUGAUGACAACGAGUGCCAGAAUGUGACAAAUAUCUGCGGGGACAAAGGGAAGUGCACCAACACGCCGGGGAGCUACUACUGUACAUGUGUGGCUGGCUACAAGUCAACAGGACGGGCCAGGUUCCAGCCGAACGAUGGCACCGACUGCGUCGACGUUGACGAAUGCGAGGACGGACAAGCCUGCGGACCAAACUCCAACUGCCAUAAUACGAAUGGAUCUUUCUAUUGCACCUGUCAGCGUGAUUACAUCCCAACUUCAGGCACUAAGCACUUUCAUCCGCAGAGAGGUGUAAGAUGUAAAGAAAACCCUCUAAAGUACUGCCAUGACAACAACGGCUGCACCACACAGACCGUCAACAGAACACUGGAAUAUAUGAGCAACCUGACGGAGCCCGAGAGUCUGCUGAGGGAGCUGGCGGCACGGACGUCUGGAGAGCUCACCUCAGUGGAAGUGAUUGCAUAUGUGGAGGCCCUAAGUCGAUCGACGCUGGCUGCCGGGGAAAAUGAUUUCACAGUCAAGCCAUCUGUCAUCAACUCCACUCUCAGAAAUUUAGUCCGAGCUGUGAGCAACUUGGUGGAGAAGGAUGAGCUGAUGUCUUGGAGCAGGAUGAAAGAGAAGCGAAGAGAGCAGACCAUCACCAAGCUGCUACACUCGGUCGAAGAAAGCGCUCUGACGCUGGCCAAAAACUUUCAAACACCUACUGAGGUUGAAAUCAAAGCUUCGCAAAUGGAGAUGAAACUCCUCAGCCUCGAUGGAAGGAAAACAAACGGCAAAGUAUCAGCCCACAUGGGAGGGGAUCGUAUGAUUCUGACUCCAAAGCAACCACCAAAGGAAGACAGGAACGAGACGGUGUCCGUGGUGUUUGCGCGAUAUGACAGCAUCGGUGACAUCCUGAAGCCGAGCACUGACCCCGGUGUCACGGACUACUCUCGCUAUGCCGGAUCAGGGGAAAUCACUGUCAACUCGCAAGUCUUUGCUGCAGCCCUCAAACCUGCUGACGUGUACCAGCUUGAGCAUGUCACCUUCACCCUGAGACACAUCGAGCCCAUAGACACUGUAGCUGAUGUGACCAAAUGUGUCUUCUGGGAGUACACACCGGACAGGCAGCAGGGUCGCUGGGCCACGGAGGGCUGCAAGACUGUGUCUGUCAGCAGCAACGCGACCAGCUGCUCCUGUAACCACCUCACACACUUCGCUAUCCUCAUGUCGUCGGGACAAGCCAACCUUGUGGCCCACCACAACAUCCUGACCCGGAUCACGCAGCUCGGGAUGAUCAUCUCCCUCAUCUGCCUGUCCAUGUGCAUCUUCACUUUCUGGUUCUUCAGCGGGAUCCAGAGCACCAGAACCACCAUUCACAAGAACCUGUGCUGCAGUCUGUUCAUGGCUGAGUUUAUCUUCCUGGUGGGGAUCAACAUGAACACACACAAGCUCUUCUGCGCUGUGAUCGCUGGCCUGCUGCAUUAUUUCUUCCUGGCUGCGUUCGCCUGGAUGUGUAUCGAGGGAAUCCAUCUUUACUUAAUUUUGGUGGGAGUCAUCUACAACAAGGGGUUCCUGCACCGCAACUUUUACGUCUUUGGCUACGGAAGCCCUGCAGUGGUAGUGACCAUCUCCGCGACACUGGGCUCCAAAUAUUACGGCACGGAUAAAGCGUGUUGGCUCAGCACAGAAAAUCACUUCAUCUGGAGUUUCAUCGGACCAGCGUGUCUCAUCAUCCUGGUGAACCUCUUGGCGUUUGGGGUGAUCAUCUUCAAAGUUUACCGACACACCGCUGUCAAAAAGCCGGAAAUCAGCCACUACGAAAACAUCAGGUCGUGCGCACGUGGAGCCUUGGCGCUGCUGUUUGUCCUGGGAGCCACCUGGGCCUUUGGCGUUCUGCACAUCCUGAACGAGACCACUCUCACUGCCUACCUGUUCACCAUCACCAACGCCUUCCAGGGGAUGUUCAUCUUCAUCUUCCUCUGUGUGCUCUCCAGGAAGAUUCAGGAAGAGUACUACCGACUCUUCAAAAACGUGCCGUGUUGCUUUGAAUGCCUCAGAUGAUUCCAGCAUCCGCACCUGCACAAUAACGCGUGUCGAUGCAGCUUUUGCCAAACUGUGCCUCACACUUCUCUGGGGGAGAAAAAGACAACAAAGACAACUCUCACUAGUCAGCAGUGUUGUCGUCGCUCUACACCCCGUUGGAUUCAAGACUUUAAACUUACACGUUUCACUCACUUGUGUCACAGGAUUUAUCCCCGUGUGCUGUACCUAUAAAUUAUUGCAAUAAAUUCAGUAAACAACCGGAGCCGUGUUUUGUCUCGUGACUCAGGGAAUGGAAAUUUUACCUAUCAACUCAACAAAUUCGAAUUGAAUUUGACUUUUCUUUCCACCAUAUUGUUGGCCAUGUUUGUAGCUCUUUUCAAUGUCCACUGUGGAAGUGCAGCUCAGGUAGUAACCAAGUUGUCACAGUAAUGUUUUCCACCAGCAACUUCAGCUUAUGUGACGGUGCACUGAAACAUCCUUUGCCUGGCAAAACCUCCAUUUCAGUUCAGUAUCAAACAUUGCCAUAACAUUCUAAAUCGUCUUUAAAGGUGAACACGUGUAGACAUACGCUUUCGUGCACAACACGAAAGACAACCAAGAGACAACAAGAAAACUCGGUCCAGUUAGUUCUCAAAAAUGUACAGUACAGUAUUCACAAAAAGUCAUUUUUCUUUGUUAAAUUUUUAUAUAUUUAUUUUACUUUUUUUGACGAUUUGCUUUGCAUUUUGAGAACGUGUUGUUAAUGUAUGGUGAACUGAAGAUGUAUGUAUGUAAGUAUGUACUCAUUGCAUUAUUCAUUGAUACAUUGAUACUUAUUGUUGCUAUAUAACAAAUGUAAACUUGCAUUGUGUGUACCACCCAUGGUUCCUGGAGGCCAUUUGGGGGAGGGGUUCAUGGAGUACAGGAGAGUCAAGUCGUGGAGGACAAUGUUGUUGGAGGUGAAAAAUAAAAUAAAACAAAAUACAAUUUUAAGACUGUACAGUUGAAUAGUUUAUUUUUUUAUCUAAAUAAUAGCUUUUGCCUG